UGUGUGCUGUGUGGUAUAUAAACUGCAUUGCUUGCAUUAGGCUCUUGGAGACGCAAUUGGCUCAGAGUGCCCCGCGGCCCGCCUAUGAGUCUGUAUUGAACGCACUGUGCCUCGCCUUGCCCAGCUGAUGGGGAGGAAACAGUCUCUCUCUCUUUCUCUCUCUCCCUCCCGCCCUGUCCCACUCUUCUGUCCCUCCCCCAUUCCCCGUUAUCGCUCCCUCUCUCUCUUCCAAUCACUCCCUCUCUCAGGAUCGUAUCCGGCCUCUCUCACUGCAGUCUCUCUCCACCGGUCUCUGACCUUCAGCAGCCUGGGACCAUGCAAGCCUGCCUGCCCAGGUCCUAUCUAACCCCAGUGAGAGAUGAGGAGGCAGAGUCUCAGAGGAAGGCCAGAUCCCGCCAAGCCAGGCAAACCCGCAGAUCCACACAGGGUGUGACCCUGGCUGAACUGAAGGAAGCUCAGAGGACCAACGGCCUGUCUCCCCUGGACAGAGACAGACAUACAGAGGAUGGACAUAGCAGACUGACUGACAGGUCCUGUCUGCAGGGAAAAUGGGCUGCAGAGGACAGAGGAGAGACCAGGACCAACCUGGCUCAGUCUAUGGAGACAGAGGAUCACAGUCCCACAUGGAGCAGGGAGAUAGAUGAGCUCGGAAAUCAUAGAUCAAGGCUGGGGACCAUGGAAGCAGAGUAUUCCUCUGCCAGUGGGCCCUAUACCUUGCCUUACACCUCCACCAGCCUGGCCAACCGCACAUCCUCCAGAGUUGUUGAAUGGAAAGAUGAAAACCAGAACCCAAUUGAGGAUCCCUCCAAACAUGUCCUCUCCACAAGAGAGAAACAUGUUCGAUUCUGUGACCAAGAGUCAGAUGAAGCCUACCAGAAUGUUGAGCAUGACAGGGCAUCAAGGUUGGACUCUGGUGGUGGGGACAGCAGGGCUGAACCUCUGGGCAGAACCAGCUCCUACACACGCAGGGAAACCAGAUUGGCAGCGCUGAACAAGCUUGAGGACGACACCAGCUCCAGGGAUUACAAGAAGAUGUAUGAAGAUGCUUUAGCAGAGAAUGACAAGCUCAAGUCCCGGCUGGAUGAUAGCAAACAGGAGCUGACCAAGAUACGCACCCAGCUGGACAAAGUCACCCAGAAACAGGACAGACUAUCUGAAAGAUCCACUGUACUUGAAUCAGAGAAAAGGGAAAAACAGGCUCUGGAGAAGAGGGUAACGGACAUGGAGGAAGAGCUCAAGGUGUUGACAGAGCUUAAAUCAGACAACCAGAGACUGAAGGACGAGAAUGGGGCUCUGAUCCGUGUCAUCAGCAAGCUGUCCAAGUAAGAGGUUGGAAGCCUCUGUCCAAAGUCAUAGUAUACUUCCCUCAAGCUUGCAACGUGUGUCACUAUCAUUGGCCUUCGGCACCCUCCCACUAAGGGGACUGUACCAUGGUGCUCAAUGACACUUACCUGCCAACUUUUCUCAGAGGCAUGGUGACGAACCGUCAAAUUCCUGAUGACCCCUGGCCUGACCCUUGACCUCCAUGUUCAUUGGCUCACUUCAUACCAGGAGGUCAAAGGUGAGAAGAAGAACACACAGCGUCCGCUCAAAGAGGGUGUUGAUCUUGGGUACAGUAAACUCUGUAGCUCCAGGCCAGAAAUCUCUAAUCAAUAUCACAUCCACAUAUUUUACCUAUACAUCACAAACAUAUGUUGAUUUUGUGCUUCAAUGUGCACUGCUGAAAAAAACGACUGAAAAAACAAUCAUAGGUUUAACUUUUAUGACAUUGAUAACAUUACACAUUGUCAGUUGUUAUGAGGUGUUUAUAUCAUUAGUCUUUAUGGUUUGUAGUUCAAUUGAAGUCCAAAUUUCCAUCACAGACCAUUUUCCCUGAACUGCUCAUUAACCUUUUCCUGCUUUGUGUGGCGAGACAGAUGUCACAUUUUUUGGAUAAUUUUAUAUAAUUUAUGCAUUUUUUUUCUCAAAUAUUUAUACUUAUACUCAACCAUAUUUUUACCAAUAUAUUAUUAAUAUGUAUCCUCUUUAAGCAUUUUAUGAAACAGUACCAUUAGUCCACAUCACGUUAUGAGAUGGACAGCAUUUCUUUUUUUUCAAGUGAAACCUGUACAUGAUUUGUAAUGCAGAUAGCACAGGGCACAACACAGGGCCUCUUUAUCACAGGAUGUCGGUGGCACCUUAAUUGGGGAGGAUGGUCUCGUGGUAAUGGCUGGAGCCGAAUCAGUAGGAAUGUAAUCAAAUACAUCAAACACAUACGUUCCAUUCCAGCCAUUAUUAUGAGCCGUCCUCUCCUUAGCAGCCUCCACUACUCUUUAUGUAUACUACAUGCCUUUCCUGAAAGAACAAUACAGCUAUCUGUCUACACAUGUACUGUAAGUAUAUUUAAAGACAGUAUUUUACGUUGAAACAACUUUACCAUGGAAGUAUGUAUUAUAAGAGACCGGAAAAACUGAAAUGCUACUUGUACAUUUCUGUGGUUUGAUCACUUGCUCAAUAAAGUGUGGAUGGUUAAAUAUG